UUUUAAUCAUAGGCUUUGAUAUUAUUUUCCUUUUAACAGGAUUGAUUGAAGUGAAAAAUCUAGCUGGAAGUAAUCAGGUAAAACAGACAACAUUGUAUUUCCGACCAGGAUAGGAAACAGAAAACGAUGUCGUCACCGGACAUUGCUUCAAUCUUGGAAAACUCAAGGCAACUCGAUCGGUUAAGGAAAGAACAAGAAGAGGUUCUUAUCGAAAUCAACAAGCUUCACAAAAAGCUUCAAGCUACUCCUGAGGUAGUUGAGAAACCUGGUGAUUCUUCAUUAUCAAGGCUAAAAAAUUUAUAUAUUCAAGCUAAAGAUCUUUCAGAGAGAGAAAUAACGAUUUCCAACUUGUUACUAAGCCAACUGGACACUUUAUUGCCUUCUGGACCUCCAGGACAACAGCGAAGAAAGAUGGAAGGUAAUGAUCAGAAAAGGAAAAGAAUGAAGUCUGAUUCAGAUAUCUCUCGCCUUUCUCCUUCUAUGCGGAGUCAUAUUGAGGCUUGUGUUAGCCUCAAAGAUGAACAGGUAGCUGCAAGAGUCACCUCGGAUGCUGAGAAGGAUGAGUGGUUUGUUGUAAAAGUGAUAAAUUUUGAUGAGAAAACAAAAGAAUUUGAAGUACUUGAUGAGGAGCCAGGUGAUGAUGAAGAGGGUGGUGGCCAAAGGAAGUACAAGCUUCCUGUGUCUUGCAUUAUACCUUUCCCCAAGCGGAAUGAUCUUUCUAGUACUCAAGAAUUCCCCGCCGGAAGACAUGUUUUGGCCAUUUAUCCAGGAACAACUGCACUCUAUAAGGCAACCGUCAUCAGCACUCCUCGAAAGAGGAAAUCAGAUGAUUAUUUACUGGAAUUUGAUGAUGAUGAGGAGGACGGUGCCUUGCCUCAGAGGGCAGUACCCUUUCACAAGGUGGUUCCCUUGCCGGAUGGACAUCGGCAAUGAGAUCUGUGUAUAAAUGUGUAUAAUAUUUUAGAGCUGGCGUCUGAACAUGUGAAUCUGAACCCUACUUUUCACGUAACCUGUGUAUUGGCUUAGUAAUGAGAGAUUGACACUGAUAUCCCUUACUUCAAGUUCUAUUCUGCUUCUUCAUUGCUACCAACGGGUGGUUACAGCACCCUAGCACCUAGCAUUCGGUUCGAGCAUUUGGUUCGGUCAUUGGUGCAUUUGAAUCGAACAUUUGGCUCGUCAGUUUGGUCAUUGGUGCAUUUGGUUCAAGCAUUAGGUUCGGUCAUUGGUGCGUGAUCCCUUAGCAAGGUCAAAUCCCCUUCACCAAAUCAAAAAAAGUAAAAGUUGAUCAAAACUCAUUUUCCUAAAACCAACAG